AUGGGAGCCCAUCAACUAGAAAUUGUGGAAGAGCGAGAGGAAGAGGAAGAGGUAAUUAUCGAAGAUCAAAUGAAAGGAGAAUGCCAAAAUGAUUCUAACAAAAACAAAGAGAAUGUCAAUUUCAUUAAAAAUCAACAAGAUGUUGAAGAGCCAACUUUAUUGCUAGCACAUAAGAAUGAAGAAAGCAAUGAUGCAAACAUAUGGUAUCUUGAAAAUGGAGUAAGCAAUCACGUGUGCAGAUGCAAAGAGGCUUUUGUGAAGCUUGAUGAGAAGGUUAGAGGCAAUGUUUUAUUUGGAGACUCUUUGAAAGUCCAAAUCCAAGGGAAAUGUACCAUUCUAAUUUCUCUAAAGGAUGGUGGCCAUAGCCUUAUUACCAAUGUUUACUAUGUUCCCAAGUUAAAAAGCAAUAUUUUGAGUUUGGAACAACUCCUUGAAAGGGGUUAUGAAAUUCACAUGAAAGAUUGUUUCCUUUAG